AAUUAGGCGACCAUGUGAACUCUUUUGCCAAUCUUUCGCAGUGCCCAGCUCUGAUGCGGUUGACUGUACCUUGCCCCCUGCGGCGCAUGAGGUACCUUAGAGAUGCUCUCUGAGGUGGGCUGCUGCUACAAAGGCCACUGGAAGUAACUUAGACAAUGCGGCUUUAAACAAAGAACUUUCAGGGUAGUUGGCAACCACUACAAUAGCUAUUGUCCUUGUAUUUAAGGCAGCCUCUUUUGCUGCCACUGACUGUGUUUGACAACUCGUCUAACAUUCGAACUCUUCCAUAUCGCUGUGCGAUAACUUGCUCUCUGGCUGGAGCUUCGUCAUUCACUUUCAGCUAUCCCUCGACACACUUCUUGUUCACAAUGCAUCGGCCGCUCUUAUUGCUGUUUGCCGUUACCCUUUUCGAAUCAGUGCGCUCGCAUGCCGCGAUGUUCCACCCUUCGAUGUGGGGGUUCAAUGCUACUGGCGACACUCCCUUCUUUGGGAACGGUGUUCCAGGAGAACACGAUAACCGACCCGUUGUUCCUCUGAUUAAUCGAACAUUCGAGCAGUGGUGGCUCCACGGUUACUCCGAAUACCCACCUCAUCCCGAAGACAUCAUGCAGCUUCCGGCCGGAGGCUCCCAAAUGAUUGAGAUCGCUUGUGGAAAACAGUUCACGUCGUAUUGGCCAAUGGUCGCUUCUACGGACCAACGUAAUGGGGAUCCCUCCCCAUGCCCGGGUAGCAACACACAGGAGUUCCACACAGGUGGCCUUAAUGAUCUCGGAGGUUGCGCUCUUGCCAUAUCGUACAAGAGUAACGUAUCUCAAGUUGCUCCUGAAGAUUUCACUGUCUUCAGCAUAAACCAAACUUGCGUAUGGGAGCGUGAAACAUAUUUUCAAGUGCCAAAGGACAUGCCACCAUGCCCAAACGGGAUGUGCACCUGUGCUUGGUUCUGGAUUCACCAAGCGGAUGCGGGUUCGGAGCAAAACUAUAUGAUCGCGUUCCAAUGCAACAUUGCGAACGCUACUGGAACUGUCCCAGUGGCGAAAGGGAAUCCUGCCCGGCGAUGCGGUGAUGAUCCAAGGUACAAUCGGCCUGCCAAUCCCGCCAAUUGCACGUACGGCGCACGUGAGCCCGCAUAUUGGUAUCAGUUUGAAGAAAAUAAUUUCUUUGAGGAUACUCUGGACCCACCUGUCUACACACCUCUGUAUGGCUGGACGGAUGGCGCACAGGAUGACAUCUUUCGUACGGUCCCUUUUGGGACUGACCCCAACACAGUUCCAAAUCCUAUCACAAUGUCGGGAUCUACAACGACACCUACACCCACGGAAUCAUCGACCACUUCGGUUACUCAGUCCUCUUUCACCUCUUUGACUGUAUCGACUUCAUCCUCCGCCUUCUCUUCAUCUUCAUCCUCAACAUCGACGCCUUUACCAAGCCCGCAAAGAUUAGAGACCGUAUGUAUGCGCCCGACGGAGUUCUCGCGACGACCUGGAGUUAUGGCUGUCCUUGCGGACCGUCUAGGCCUUGGCUCACUACGCCAGAGACAGACAGCAAGGCGCCUCGUCAGAGUUGAGGGACGUUUUUAAAUGGGCGAGCAUUGAAGCUAUGACUCGAUUUACCGACACUUUACUUAAUUUAUGUAUAUUUGAUGGGCGUAAUAUUGUAGACACCAAUUUGUGAUAAAUGAGCGCAUGCGCUUGAUCUUGAC